GACCGGUCGCUGUACGUGGUUAGCACAGUCAUCGUGCUGUGCAUCGUAGCCCUGGCGCUGGGCUACAUCUUCACGACGACAGAUGAUGCCAGGCCGACAUCGACGGCCAUCACGACUGCGGGGUCUCCAGCACCGGUGGAAACAACUUCCUCGACUACUACGAACGCACCAGACAAACAAGGUGAGGUACGCAAGGUCCAGGAACCUUAACAUGUUCGCCAUCUUCAGCGCACAGCUGAUCCCUAAACUGAACCGACAGUUCCAUCUGCUGAAUUUCACUCUUCCACGUGUACCAGUGAGGAGUCGGCUGCAACGAAUCAUCCCGCAACAGCAUCCGGGCCCCGAUGACUCAGGAAGUGAAUCUGACUUGCCAGCCUUGACGGCAUCCUCAAUCACUGAGUCAGAGGCUGAGCCACUGGGAAGUGAAGUGUCUGUGGAAGCCGCCGAACACCGCGGCAAAUCUGGCGCGGUAAAGGUGGCACCGCCUAAGUCUGCCAAGCUUCAGCGGAAAACCCGUGGAAGUGGGUCAAACUUCGGCGUCGGGAAAAAGCCCGCUUCCCCAAAAGCCCCACAUCCCCCCGAAUGAAAAAAAAAUCUGGCAUCCUCAACCUGUCAAAUAAAUGUGCUACCCAGGACAUUCUGUGAUCAUGUUAGGAUGUUAAAUAUGCUGCUUCCAGAAAUGCGCUUCCAGAA